GUGCCGCGCGUCUACGCUUCUCCUCCGCCCGCUAAUGUUUUGGCCAGUUCAAGAUGGCGGUGCAGGAGUCAGCUGCUCAGCUGUCCAUGACCCUGAAGGUGCAGGAGUACCCGACUCUUAAGGUGCCCUAUGAGACGCUGAAUAAACGCUUUCGAGCUGCUCAGAAAAACAUUGACCGGGAGACGAGCCACGUCACCAUGGUGGUGGCAGAGCUGGAGAAGACCUUGAGCAGUUGCCCUGCGGUGGACUCUGUGGUCAGUCUCCUGGAUGGCGUGGUGGAGAAACUCAGUGUCCUCAAGAGGAAGGCAGUGGAGUCCAUCCAGGCUGAAGACGAGAGUGCCAAGCUGUGCAAACGCAGGAUCGAGCACCUCAAGGAGCACAGCAGCGACCAGCCCGCAGCGGCUAGCAUGUGGAAGAGGAAGCGCAUGGACCGCAUGAUGGUGGAGCACCUGCUGCGCUGCGGCUACUACAACACAGCAGUGAAGCUGGCACGGCAGAGCGGCAUUGAGGACCUUGUGAACAUCGAAAUGUUCCUGACGGCCAAGGAGGUGGAGGAAUCCCUGGAGAGGCGUGAGACGGCUACCUGCCUGGCUUGGUGCCACGACAACAAGUCCCGGCUCCGGAAGAUGAAGAGCUGCUUGGAGUUCAGCCUAAGGAUCCAGGAGUUUAUUGAGCUCAUCCGGCAGAAUAAGAGACUAGACGCUGUGAGACAUGCAAGAAAGCACUUCAGUCAAGCUGAAGGGAGCCAACUGGAUGAAGUCCGCCAGGUCAUGGGCAUGCUGGCCUUCCCACCGGACACACAUAUCUCCCCAUACAAGGAUCUCCUAGACCCAGCAAGGUGGCGGAUGCUGAUCCAGCAGUUCCGGUAUGACAACUACCGACUGCACCAGCUGGGAAACAACUCUGUGUUCACACUCACGCUGCAGGCCGGUCUCUCAGCCAUAAAGACCCCACAGUGCUACAAGGAAGAUGGCAGUUCCAAGAGCCCUGACUGCCCUGUAUGCAGCCGCUCCCUGAACAAGCUGGCGCAGCCCCUCCCCAUGGCUCACUGUGCCAACUCCCGCCUGGUCUGCAAGAUCUCUGGUGACGUGAUGAACGAGAACAACCCGCCCAUGAUGCUGCCCAAUGGCUACGUCUACGGCUACAACUCCCUGCUUUCUAUCCGUCAAGAUGACAAAGUUGUUUGCCCAAGAACCAAAGAAGUCUUUCACUUCUCACAAGCUGAGAAAGUGUACAUCAUGUAGGCACCGCGUCGCCAAGCUCGCCUCGGGGGCCAGGCUCUGCGGCGUGGAGGCUGUGCCUUCCUCCUGCUGUCAAGCCCAGCCUGCCGUGGCGCUUCUGUCUCCAGCGACCAAAGAUCAGUGAGCAACGAGAAAUACUCUUAGGAAGAGCGGAAUAAGGUUUAAUAAGUUUGUACUUGAAACAACAUUUUGAUUGGUAAGAUUUUGUAACAUAAGUCAACUCUUUGAUGCUUCUGAAAAGUACUUUCAGCUUUCAAAGGAAACUUUCUUUAAAGACAGACCUAAACACCGAGGGAACCUUUAGAACAUUUCAGAAAUAGGAAUCGGUGAUCUUCUCGUGUUUCUCAGUUCCUUCCCUUCUGCUGAUAAGGGGACUUGGAGCAUGGGCUGGUCCUUCACCACUUCCCGUUGGCCCUGGCAUGGCCUGGGAUGGUGGUGACUGAGCUGGCCUGACCUGCAGUGACUCGUGAUGUGGUGCCACGAGGGACAUUCAUGACUUCAUUCUAGAGCUGCUGCCAAAAUGCCCAGCACCUUGGCCCAUGGGGAUGCUGGCUUCAAGGAUGCCUGCCUCCCCUGUGGGCGGUGUCCAUGGGUGCACAGGUCAAUGUCACCUUCCGUGUGCCGCCUUACUUCUUGCUUUGAGAAUGUAUUCACGUGGAAAGCCACUGGACCAAGUUUCUGCAGAGGCCUUGCUGUAUGGUUCCGUGACUUUUAGAGUCUAAACACUAUUCAUCACAGAAACUAAUCGUUCAGUUGAAUAAGUACUGAUGACUUUUCACAACAGAUGAACCAUUGUAGUUUACACAGAACCGUACUGUAGAGGUUUGUAUUUAGCGCUUAUUUUUGCAUGUUGAUGUUGAUUAGCUAAUAAACUGUAAAUGUAAAACAUGUUAAUAAAAUGUUUUCUAUUUCU